UGCCCACCCCUGUGGCGCACAGCAGCCGCACCUGUACGGAUCUCUGCGCACUGCCCGGACAAAUAUCAAUUUCCAUUACUUAUUUUGCUCAGAACAUCCACACCACCUGCUCCUACACCUGUGUCUCCUUCAGCGGACAUGCUGGAGCUCCUGGCUUACCUGCAAGACCCGGAACUCGUGGCCCGGUUUCAGAGACGAUGCGGACUCUUCCUGGUUGAAGCGGUGCAUCACAGUCGACAGGGGACGUGCGCUCCGACUGGAACCGCGGUUCGCGCAGAUAAACCACGUGGACAGUUAAGGGGGAAAUGGGGCCGCCAGGAUAAGAAUUCAAACUUUAAACACAAGGAAAACGGAUACGCUGUUAGUGGCUGCAGUAGGCCUCAGUAUGAGGUGAAGAACUGGCUAUUGCACUUCCUCUUCCUGUGCUCGGCAAGCAUGGGGCAUGAAAUCUUCUACAUCACCUGCCUGCCUAACAUACACUGGAGCCUGGAUCCAUUUCUGUGCCGACGCCUGGUCAACAUGUGGGCUAUGGUGAUGUAUGUCGGCCAGGUAAUGAAAGAUCUUCUGAAGCUGCCUCGCCCUAUCUCACCCCCUGUGGUCAAGCUGGAGCCACGUGUCGAUGCCGAAUAUGGGCUGCCUUCCACCCAUGCCAUGGCUGCCACUGCAAUCUCCUUCACACUUUUACUAAGCGCUCCCUCCAGGAUACAGUUCCAGUUCGAGGUGGGUCUGCUGAUUGCCGUGACACUGUCUUUCUUGGUGUGUCUGAGCCGUCUCUACACUGGCAUGCACUCACUUUUGGAUGUGAUCUGCGGCGUUUUAUUCUCAGCCAUCCUCUUGUUCCUCACCUACCCGUAUUGGGAAACCUUUGACCAUUUCCAGCUCACCAGCCACCUCUCCCCCAUCGUGGCCUUGUCACUGCCCCUCUUCCUUAGCUACACAUACCCAGACCUGGACCAUUACAGCACCACGCGGGGGGAUACCACCACCAUUCUAGGAGUAGGAGCCGGCUGCUCUGUGGGAUACUGGGUGAAUGAGCAACUUGGGCAAACCUUUGAGCCACAGGGGGUGUUACCUGUACCUCUCCCCACACUGACAGCAAAUGCACUGGUAAGGGGUGCUGCCCGCUUCCUUGUUGGAGCUGCAGCAUUGGUCGGAAUCCGGCAAGUGGUGAAAACAUUGAGCCUGCAGGUGUUGUAUUCAUGGUACAGAGUGCCAAAAAAUGAUGACUAUGCCAGGAGGAGGAGAGAGAUUGAAGUGCCUUAUAAGUAUGCCACAUACACAGCUGUUGGACUUGUCAAUUCUAUACUGGUCAACAGAGUCUUCAUUUUACUGGGGCUUCUAUGACCUAUUAACACAAGACUGAUUUAUAAAUAUCUGAACUCAACACAAACGUACCUCAUUUGUUGUGUAUCAAAUGACUUUUUUUCCAUGUUAACUUUAUUAUACAAGCAGCUUCCACAAAGAAUGAUUGACUAACAGCAAAUAAAAUAAUUUGAUCGUUUAACAAUAAAGUUUUAUGAAGUCUCGGUUUC